AAAAGACUCUGAAGCGAAAGCGGAAGUGGACGAAUUUGAAUCCUGUGAGCCGUUGGAUGGGGCUGCUCGAGGUCAGCUUUGCGGCUCUGCGAAAGAAGGGAAAACUGAUACGACCGCUCUGGAACUUCUGCCCAGCGUGCCUUGCUUUUCUUCUUUGAUGUGUUUGUUGGCCUUAUAUUUCUUCUAAAGUAUGUGUUCAACUCCCAAGCUUGUUUUAUAAGGCCAACAUUACCCUGACACCAAAGCCAGAUCAGGACACUACAAGAAAAGAACUACAGUAAAAUGAAUGAAAAUAAACCCGGUGCUUCACAGAAUCUUGCUUGUGUUUUUUGUCGAAAAAAUGAUGACUGUCCUAAUAAAUAUGGAGAAAAGAAAACUAAUGAGAAAUGGAAUCUCACUGUACAUUACUAUUGUUUGUUGAUGUCAAGUGGAAUUUGGCAGAGAGGUAAAGAAGAAGAAGGAGUUUACGGUUUUCUAAUAGAAGACAUCAGGAAAGAAGUGAACAGAGCUUCUAAACUGAAAUGCUGUAUUUGCAAGAAAACUGGUGCUUCAAUUGGAUGUGUUGCACCCCGAUGUAAACGAAGUUAUCAUUUUCCAUGUGGACUUCAGAGAGAAUGCAUUUUCCAAUUUACUGGCAAUUUUGCGUCAUUUUGUUGGAACCAUCGACCUGUUCAAAUAAUUACAUCUAAUAAUUAUAGAGACUCCUUACCAUGUACCAUUUGCUUGGAAUUUAUUGAGCCUAUUCCAACUUACAGCAUAUUACGAAGUCCUUGUUGUAAGAAUGCUUGGUUUCAUAGAGACUGUUUACAGGUUCAAGCAAUAAAUGCAGGAGUGUUUUUCUUUAGAUGCACAAUAUGCAAUAAUAGUGAUAUAUUUCAGAAAGAGAUGUUGAGAAUGGGAAUUCAUAUUCCUGAAAAAGAUGCAUCUUGGGAAUUAGAGGAAAAUGCUUAUCAAGAACUUCUGCAGCACUAUGAGCAUUGUGAUGUCCGGAGAUGUCGUUGCAAAGAAGGGCGAGACUAUAAUGCACCUGAUAGCAAAUGGGAAAUAAAGCGCUGUCAGUGUUGUGGUUCUAGCGGAACACAUUUAGCUUGUUCCUCAUUACGAUCAUGGGAACAAAAUUGGGAGUGUUUGGAAUGUAGAGGUAUUCUCUACAAUUCAGAGGAUUUCCAAAAAGCCAAAAAGCAUACAUUACCCAACACUAAUAAUGUGGGAAUAACUGAUUGUUUGUUGGAAGAAUCAUCACCUAAAUUACCCAGACAGUCACCUGGAGCCCAGCAUAAAGAUCUUCUGAGGCAAGGCAGCAAAUUUAGAAGAGAUAUAUCAACAAUAAUAAUGGAAUUAGGAUUUCAAAUUAAAAAAAAAGCUAAAAGAUUAUGGAUUAAUAAAGCCAAUAUCUGGAAUAGUGCCUUAGAUGGAUUCAGAAAUCAAAACUUUAAUCCUUCAUACACAAUUGAAGUAGCAUAUGUUAAUGAAAAUGAUAAUUUUGGAAGAGAACAUCCUGGAUCAAAGCAAGAAUUCCUAAGUCUCUUAAUGCAGCAUCUUGAGAAUUCACCAAUAUUUGAAGGGUCCUUGUCUAAGAACUUGUCUCUAAAUUCUCAAGCUCUGAAAGAGAAUCUUUACUAUGAAGCUGGCAAAAUCCUUGCCAUUUCCUUGGUUCAUGGUGGUCCUUCACCUGGUUUCUUUUCUAAAACCUUGUUUAACUGCCUUGUUUAUGGACCAGAAAAUACCCAACCAAUUUUAGACGAUGUUUCAGACUUUGACGUGGCACAAAUGAUAAUCAGGGUAAAUACUGCAACAACUGUGGCUGACUUAAACUCAAUAGUAAAUGAAUGCUAUAACUAUCUUGAGCUUAUUGGAUGUCUAAGACUUAUAACAUCAAUAAGUGACAAAUACAUGUUGGCAAAAGAUAUACUAGUUUACCAUGUAAUUAAGAGAGUCCAAGCACCCUUUGAAAGUUUUAAGCAGGGUCUGAAAACUCUUGGUGUUUUGGAGAAAAUUCAGACUUACCCAGAAGCAUUUUAUAGCAUCUUCUGUCAUAAACCUGAGAAUCUUUCUGCAGAAAUCCUUAGUGAUCUUUUUACAGUCCGCACAUUAUCCAAUGUACAGUCUUUGGGGUUUUGGAACAGUUAUUUACAGGCUGUUGAGGAUGGUAAAUCUGCAGUAACAAUGGAAGACAUUCUUACUUUUGCAACUGGUUGCAAUUCCAUUCCACCUGCUGGAUUUAAACCCACUCCUUCAAUUGAGUGUCUUCAUAUGGAUUUUCCUGUUGGAAACAAGUGUAAUAACUGUUUAGCUCUUCCAAUCACCAAUACAUAUCAAGAAUUUCAAGAAAAUAUGGAUUUUGCCAUAAAAAACACUCUAAGACUAGAAAAGGAAGAAAGUACUCACUACAUUGGACAUUAAAUGUUUUGAACAAAGACAUGCUUCUUUAAAAGCUGCUAUUGAUACUUUUUGUUUCAGAAAUCUGUCCAUCAUCAUUUUUGAACAAACUUGUCAGCUUCUUGGCCCAAUAAAAUUUAUGAUAUGAACAUAAAGGGAUGUUUUGGCCAUUUAAGCUAAAAACUUUUUGUGUUAAAGUAUACCAGUCAAAGUUGAUAUUUUUCUAUUUUCUUAAAAUACAUGCUUCAUAAACUUUAAUAUAAAUAGUUUUAAAAUAGCUGUACAGACUUUUUUCAAGUAUAAUAGCAUGGUAUAUAUAUAUAUAUAUAUAUGGGGGAAAAAACUUGUAUUCACUAUUUCUGCAAAUUAGUAUUAGCUAUAGGAUGCCACAAUGUUUUUUCUAGUUUUACAAAAUUUUCAAAUUAUUUCUUAUUUUAUUUUAAAGCAUUAAAUAGAAAAGCUAAUUGAUAAAUCCUGUUAUAUAAAUCAAAGGCAUAUAUUCCAGGGAACGUGUUAUAAGUGUUUUUUUUUUUUUUUUCUAGGAUGGCACUAAAUUGAUUAAAAAUGCUUUUAGAUUACUGAUUUAUAUUAAAACAGACCUUCACUGCAAUUAGAUUAUGCCUAAUGGGAAGUAUUAUAUGAAAAGCAGAAUUGCACAAAUAUUCUAAAAUCUAUGGACAUUCCAUAUAGUCUUAAGAACACUUCUGAGGUGGAUAAAAUAUAGUUGAAAAUACCUAAGAAAGUGUCUUCUUUAAAGCCUUGUCUUUAAUCAUAGGAUUUUUUUACCCUCUCUGUAUCCCCUGUGUUGUAUUAAAUCACAUUAUGUCUGAUCCAGAA